AUGACUAAACCAAUUUUUGUUGUUAUCUCUGCAUUUUCUAAACAAGGAUAUAGUAUUAUUAAUACUUUGGUUGCAGAAGGUAACUAUCAUAUCCGUGCUACUACCACUCGUGCUGUUGAUAAUACCCCAGCAGCUUUAAAGUUGAAGGAGAGAGGUGUUGAAGUUGUUAGAGCAGAUCCAACCAAGAAAGAGGAUUUACACAAGGUAUUCAAGGGUGCAAAAGCAGCGUUUCUACUCACUCCAAACAUUGACUUGUCCGAUCCAAAUUUUAAUCAGAGGGAAGCGGAAUAUGUCAGUCUACAAGCAGAUAUUGCUUUGGAGGAGAAGGUCGAACAUGUCAUCUUCUCAUCGGUCGAUGUUCCCACUGCAGAACAACUAAAAGAAUUCAAACACGAUAUUCUAUCCGGUAAGAACAAAGCUCAGAAGUACAUUGAGUCACUGCCAUUAAAGUAUGUCAGUACUUUCAAUCUAGCAUAUUUCUACUCCAAUCAAAUCGAGUUUUUCCCGCUGAUUAAGAACUCCGAUGGAUCGUUUGAGCUUUCAAUGCCUUUGGGUGCCGAUGUAGAGCAACCGUAUGUCGAUACCUACACUGCCACCGGUCCGAUUGUUUCAGAGUUUCUCGCACAUCCAGAGAAAUAUAACCGUGCGGUCGUGCCGGUUGUCUCUGAGUUCUUGACAGGCAGACAAAUGGCUCAAACCUUCCAAGAGGUCACAGGAAUCAAGACUACCUACAAAGAGUUGAGUCGUGAACAAUAUCUGGAACAAUAUAGUUUCAAUGGUUCGCCGGAGCAACAACUGGUUGGCAAUAGAUUGUUUGAAGUAUGGGAUGAAACAUCGAAAUGUGGAUACUACAAUCAUGAUAGAGAUGUUACACUCUCAAAGAAAAUCAAUCCAAAACAAUUGACUUGGAGACAAUUCCUAGAGACCACCAAGUGGAGAGGUGAAUCAUUCCAAGAGUUUAGAGAUAAAAAUGGUUAUUAA